AUGUCUGAUUCAUACAAGAAAACAGUUGAACAAUUUACAAAAAUAGUUAAUGCUCGUCAUGUCCAUCAUCUUGAUAAUGUAUUAGAAGAAAAUGUUGAAAAAAUUGAAAAUUCAAAAGUUGCUUAUCAAAAUAUUUGUGAAGCUCGAGAAUAUUAUUCAAUGGAACAUGAAGCUCAUCCAUCUGUUAAUUUUGUUGUAACUGAUUUUGGAGAAGAGGAUCAUAAGAAAAAAACCUUAACAGCAACUGUUUCUUAUAAUAAUCAUGAAUAUGCAACAACAUAUACUUUUUCACCUGCAGGAAAAAUUCUUAAAAUUCAAUCAGUUCUUCAAGAAUAA